UUUGUUGAGUCAGAUGCAAGAAAUUCCCUCUCUUCCCUAAAUAUAAAUACCCUCUUCAUUCCACAGUUUUUAUCUUCCUCUUUUCUUUCCUUCGUGGUGGGCAUUCUGCAAGGGAUUUGCUACAAUCUUUGUUGACCAUGACUUAUAAUCCAAAUUGAGGGGCACUGUUUUAUAAGAAUUUGUCAAAAUUUACUCUUGCAUUGCAUAAGGUAAUGAUCGUCGACUCAAUAUCCAUGGAAAGAGAUACUGGAAUGUCCCAUUCCAAUGAGAAGCGGCUUCUGGAAGGGUUCAAAACUGUUAGAGAAACUAAAACGCAUUCAGGGAAUGGUCCAAAUGCUCCGAUACUUAUUAAUCAUGCUGCCAUUGCAUGGCAGGAAUGCAGAAGCAGAUGGACCGGGGGUACAUCACAGAGGUCAAAAAUGGCGCUGGACGAACCAAUCAUAAGUUGGUCAAUGACAUAUGAAGAGUUGUUGUCAACUAACGAACCUUUUGCCAAGCAAAUUCCCUUGCGCGUAAGAAUUCAAGAAAACAUCUCUCUGUUAGUGCUCGUGUUAAAGAUGUUCCUUCCCCUUGUGUCUUCUUGGCUGCAGGAAUGGUUUGUUGAGGUUAAAUUGGAAUGGUUUCUGGAUUUUACAGGAGAUGGUAGACUUCUUGGUUGAUAUUUGGCACGACGAGGGACUUUUCGACUAGGUAACAUUUGAU